UAAACAUUGGAUACUUAUGCCUUAAAAAAAAUUAUUUAAUUUAUGCCGCGCUUACAUUAGGUAGUUAUGACACUAUUUAUCCUUUACAAAAUUCUCCUAUUCGUAAAAAAAAAUUACAAAAUAAAGAAGUUACCCACAACCUCAUGCAUGUUACUGUGUUACCCACAAAUUCACAAUAACACAAGCAAAUGAGCCCCACAACCAGUUCACUCUCUUACUAAAAAAGCCUUAAUCCAUCGAAGCAAAGUAAGAAAAUGCCUUAAACCAACAUAACAGACAAAAGUGCUUUACUUUACUUUCAUCAGUUCCCAUUUGACUAUUUGGAUUUCUCACUUUGCUUUCUCUCUUUUCUCAUCUCCAUUUUUUGAAUCCACCAUGGAAAUCAAAUGCCCUUUCCGCUUCCUCUCUCUCAUCUUUCUCUUCGCCGGUUACUUCUCCACUCUCGGCGAUUCCGCAUAUUCCAUCGGCAUCAACUAUGGAACCGUCGCAAACAACCUUCCGCCGCCUUCCCAAGUCGCUAAGUUCAUCAAGACUCAAACAACCAUCGACCGGGUCAAGAUCUUCGAUGCCAACCCCGAUAUACUCCGAGCUUUUGCAAAUACCGGCAUCGCCAUCACUGUAACUGUCGGAAACGGCGACGUUCCGGCCCUCGCUAAGCUUUCCGGUGCUCAGUCAUGGGUUGCAAACAACAUUUUACCGUUCCACCCUAAGACGGUGAUUAAUCGAAUCGCCGUCGGUAAUGAAAUCCUUGCCACAUCGGAUAAGGACCUCAUCGCCCAUCUAUUACCGGCCAUGAAAUCUCUUCACUCUGCUCUAAAACUAGCUAACGUUACCAGUGUUCAAGUCUCGACUCCUCACUCGCUGGGCAUACUCGCCGUAAACUCGGACCCACCGAGUUCGGCUCAAUUUCGAAGCGGUUACGACAAGGUAGUUUUUGCUCCGAUGCUUGAGUACCACAGAGAAACCAAAUCCCCGUUUAUGAUAAAUCCGUACCCGUUUUUUGGGUACGCAGACUCGGUUAGUAAUUACGCUCUCUUUAAGCCAAACGGCGGCGUUUUCGACAAGGUGACGGGAAUUAACUACACCAACAUGUUCGAUGCCCAGAUGGACGCAGUUUUCACGGCCAUGAAGAAGUUGGGAUUCGAAGACGUGGAUAUCGUCGUUGCCGAAACGGGUUGGCCCUCAGCGGGUGACCCGAACCAGCCAGGUGUGAGCCUAGAAAACGCCUUGUCGUAUAACGGAAACCUUGUGAAGCACGUGAGUUCUGGUAAGGGAACGCCCUUAAUGCCAAACAGGACUUUUGAGACCUACAUUUUCUCUCUAUUCAAUGAGAAUCUCAAACCCACUAUCUCGGAGCAGAAUUAUGGGUUGUUCAAGCCGGAUCUAACCCCUGUCUACGAUGUGGGCAUUUUACGAAAUGAUCAGGCAUUGGGUCCAUCUUCAUCUGUGGCGCAAGCCCCAUCUUCCGUCGGUGAAGCCCCAUCCGCCGUUGGCGAAGCCCCGUCGGCCCCACCCGCCUUCGGCCAAUCUCCAACGGCCCCAUCAGUCGUUGGUCAAGGCCCAUCAUCUAACGUUGAUCAAGAAAAGAGGUGGUGCGUGCCUAAAUCGAACGUGUCUGAUGAGGAAUUACAGAAGAACAUAGACUACGUGUGUAGCGUCAAAGUGGACUGCAAGCCCAUACAAUCUGGUGGGCCGUGCUUCGAGCCCAACACAAUCAGAUCACAUGCGUCAUAUGCAAUGAACGCUUACUAUCUGAAAUUUGGACCUCAGGAUUCCAAUUGUGACUUCAACCACACUGGAGUAGUUACCUCAACCGACCCUAGUUAUAAGACUUGCACGUAUCCAUUUCAUAGUGUGGAUUCAAAGUUGGAAAAGUCGGCCGCAGAAGGUGGCCCUGCCAAAUUGUGGACCCUCGUUCAGAUAUUUAUUGGAGCUGCUUGUUAUACAAUAUCUAGAUUCUAGACACCUCACUUAAUAAUUUGUAAUUUUAUUGUUUAUUUAUUAUCUAUUUAUUUUGUUGGGCUAUUUUUCUUGUAAAGUAUGAUGGGGACACGUGGCAAAUUUUUGAGUGUUAGAGCUGGGGCUGCUCGAUUGCAUUGGCUCGUAUUUUAUAGGUAUCUAAUAAUAUUACAGACAUAUUAUG